GUAUUUUGAUGUUGGACUACAUAAUUUCUUAAUCAGGUAUGUGUACAUUCCAGUGGGUGGGUCCCAGCAUGGCCUGCUGGGGACACUGUUUUCCACUGCGAUGACAUUUACAUUUGUGAGCUACUGGCAUGGCGGCUAUGACUACCUCUGGUGCUGGGCAGCACUCAACUGGCUGGGAGUCACUGUGGAGAAUGGAGUCCGGAGGCUGGUGGAGACCCCCUGCAUCCGGGACAGUCUGGCCCGAAGCCUGUCCCCGCAAGCUCGCCGCCGAUGGCACGCCGUCCUCGCGUCUUGUUCCACCUCGAUGCUGAUCCUGUCCAACCUGGUGUUUCUUGGGGGCAAUCAAGUUGGGAAAACCUACUGGAAUAGGAUCUUCAUACAAG